AUGAAUUUACUUCACUCAUCCUGUUGUAACACCUCUGCUGAACUUUUGAACAAAUCUUGGAAUGGAGAGUGCUAUCAAACCCUCAGCAUGGUGGAUGCCGUCAUCCUUCCUUCCAUGGUUGGGAUCCUCUGUUCAACAGGGCUGGUUGGCAACAUCCUCAUUUCGAGCCGUGCAUCUUUAGAUGACCAUCCAAAGGCUUGGCUGGGACCGGAGCACCCAGCCCCAGGUCCAGGAAAAAAAAUGAUUCCUGACAUUUUUAUCUGUAGCCUGGCUGUGGCUGAUCUGGUCCACAUCAUUGGAAUGCCAUUUCUUAUUUACCAGUGGGCCCGAGGAGGACAGUGGGUGUUUGGGGGGCCUCUCUGCAGGAUCAUCACAUCCUGCAACCAGUUUGCCUGUAGUGCCAUCAUGACUGUAAUGAGUGUGGACAGGUACUUGGCUCUCGUCCAGCCAUUUCGACUGACAAGCUGGAUAACCAGGAACAAGACAAUCUGCAUCAAUCUGGGCCUCUGGGCAGCUUCCCUCAUUCUGGUGUUGCCUGUCUGGGUCUACUCGAAGGUCAUCAAAUUUAAAGACGGCGCUGAGAGUUGUGCUUUUGAUUUAACAUCCCCUGACGAUGUACUCUGGUAUACUCUGUAUUUGAUGAUACCAAGUUUCUUUUUCUCUUUGCCCUUGAUUUUGAUGCACUAUAUUUUAAUUUUAUGCUAUACUUGGGACAUGUAUCAACAGAAUAAGGAUGCAAGACGCUACAAUCCCAGUGAUCCAAGGCAGAGAGGGAUGAAGCUGACCACGAUGGUGCUGGUGCUGGAGGCGAUCUACCUGAGUGCCGCCCCCUAUCACGUGAUGCAACUGGUGAACUUACUGGUGGAGCGGCCCUCAGAGGCUUUCCAUCUGAGAUAUCACCUCUCCAUUUGUCCCAGCUAUGCCAGCAGUAGCAUCAACCCUUUUCUCUACAUCCUGCUGAGUGGAAAUUUCCAGAAACGCCUGUCUCAAGUGCAAAGGAGAGUGACUGAGAAGGAAACCAACAAUGUGGAAAACAUCUUGAAACAGAGCUUUGAGGAGAGUACAUGGAUCAUAAAAGUCCAGACAGGAAGGCUGCAAACUGGAAGCAGGACCAUAGAAUCUCAGAAUGUGAGCAAAGGAAUGAAUCUCAGUGAUCAUCCGGCCCAAGAACCAGAGUCUAAGAGAGGAAACCGGGCUUUCCAAGAGCAGCAGCAACUGACGAACGUCGCCCGAGCCCACCACUGCCCACGCUCAGCCCAGAGUUCCUCCCGCUGUGACACACUCACGCCCCAUGUCCAGUGA